GGCAGCACUCUCUCUGCAGCGAACAGCAGCUCUACCUUUAUAUCAGUUAUCAAAAUGAUGCAGGAAUUACGUUUUCUGAAGUCUGCCUUCAAGCGCUGACUCAUGCAUUUUGACUUCUUUUGCAGACAUAAUUAAAAACAAAAACCAGGAACGCAGGAGCAGAAAUGGCAGCAGCAGAUAACCUCCUGUUUGCGCUAUGGAUCAUCUCAUUCCUCCCAACUGUCCUCUGCUGCCCUGAGCUUUGCAGCUGCUCAGAUAAAUAUGGUCGGCACUUUACUGAAUGCUCUUACAAAUACCUAACCGCAGUCCCGAAAGGUUUACCCCCCAAUGUGACCACCUUGAGUCUCUCUGCAAACCAGAUCGUUACUAUCCCAGUAGGCAGCUUUGAUAACGUUACCCAGGUGACCUCCCUGUGGAUGGCCAACAAUGAACUCUCCUCUGUCGAAGAAUUUAGCCUUGUACUUUUGGUUCAUCUUCGUUACUUUGACAUUAGCCACAACAAGUUGGCAGACUUCCCCUGGGCAGAUCUGAAGAACCUCACAGCUCUGGAGCUGCUGAAGAUGAACCACAACAAGCUGUCUCACCUGCCCAAAGACGCCUUCUCCAACCUCAAAAACCUGAGGUCCCUCAGACUUAACAAUAAUAGAUUCAAAACCAUAGCUGAGGGGACAUUUGAUGGUUUGGUGUCUUUGUCACAUUUGCAGAUCUUUAACAAUCCUUUUGUGUGCACCUGCACCUUGGACUGGCUCAGAAACUGGAUCUCUCUAACCACAAUCUCAAUUACGGAGCAGAGCUUGAUCACUUGUGCAACUCCCAAGGAGCUUAGAGGUGAAAUUAUUUCAAAAUUACCUGAGUCAAAGUGCACAAGCCCUAAUGUCACAAUACUAAUUGAGCCACAUGUUCCCAACAUGGUUUUCCACCAGAAGACCCAAAUAGCUUUGAUUUGUGAUUUCAAAGGAAACCCAAAACCCAAGGUUGUGUGGAAUAUUUCCAGUAAAAAUCUAAAACAAGAGCUGACUUUGUCUUUGGAUGAGGACAGCUCUGAAGAGGCUGAAGACAAUAUUAAAGUGUUUAAUAAUGGCACGCUGCUCAUUUCAAGCCUCAGACUAGAGGACAGCGGAGACUACAGCUGCUCUGCAACAAAUGGGCUUGGCAGAGCUGAAAAUUUUGUGUCUAUUAAGGUGAUUGCAAGUCCAAGACCAACACCCAGUGCCUCGACGAUGACUAUAUUUACUUCAAUUCUAACAAACCCAUCAAUACCUGAACAAAAAAAGAGAACAUCAGUUUUGGAUUAUCUGCAUCUCGCAAAAUUAAAAAGAAAAUACUUUUUCACCGACGAACCUACCACACAAUCGACUGAUGUCAAAUCUGAGCUUCUUGAGGACAAAAGAUAUCUGACUUAUUCAAGCAAAUGCGGCCUAACUGCAAACACAAAAAACAUCUCUAGUCAUGUCCUGAAUGCCAGCAUGGAUAACAUACAGCAGUACACCUUCAACUUUGGUGUCAUUGAACUGGGGGUUUCAGAAACAGAGGCGACAGUGCGACUCAGUCCUCUACUCAUACCCAAAAACAGGAGUCCAAACGGAUUUAAGAACUUUUGGAGCGACAGUGAGGAGAACUCUGGCUUUCCAGAAUUCCUGGAAAAGGAGAAUUUAAACGGUUUGUAUUUGUGCAUUGCUACAGACAGCAAACAAUCCGCUGUGCAGUGGUCACAGAUCAAAGAAGGCGUCAACACAUACCUGUUCAGUGGUUUAGAACCUGGUACCAACUACUCUCUCUGCCUGACCUAUAGAGGGGAAGACUGUGAAGUCCAGGUGCUCUUUGCCACCAGAAGGAGUGUGCCAAACCUCAUCAUCAUCAUCUCAGUCAGCAUCUGCCUGCUGACUGUGUCCACCGUGCCUCUGGUUGGAGCAACAUGCUUCCACCUGGUCUACAAAUACCGCAAUAAGACCUACAAACUGAUCCUGAAGGCCAAAGACCAGUACCACAUAGAGAGGAAGCUGACCACCAACCUAAGCAUGCAUGCUCCAAUCACAGAGUCUAGAAGGAAGAUAAAUGAGGAUGACUUGGAAAUGGAGAGUGUAGAUGGUGGGGAGAAAGAAGUAGACACAGAAGAAAGUGUUAUUACUGAGUCUUUCACUUGCAAGGGAAAUAUAGAUGACUCUGAAAUGGGAUCUGAGUACAGUGACCGGCUGCCUUUGGGGGCCGAAGCCGUAAAUAUUACCAGCAAACUACAAAUACCCUAAAGAAUAUCAUCCUAAUUGAUUUUCACCCUAAUCCUUCUUGUUACUCAUUUGUUCUCCAUAUUUUGUGUUCUCAUUUACCUCUGAGAGGUUUUAAUCUUAUUUAAAUACAUCUCGCAUGCAUAAGUAUGGUAGUUAUAAUGCAGAUAUUUUAGCAGGAUAUUUUAGAUCUGAGCUCAAACCUUUGUUUCCAUAAAAAAGCUUAGACUAAAUGGAUGUUUUCUCUGAGAUGCAUAUAUGGCAUGGUACACAUCAGAGGGCCGGAGUAGGAUUGGAUCUGAAGGUUAAAGUUAUGCACAGUGCCUAUCUAGAGACUAAAAUUGUUCCUCAUUCCUCUUUCUCUUGGGUAAAGAUGUCCAAACACAGCUGCUAUAGACAAUUGCUGUCAUCAUUACCGAGUCUUGUUACCAGUCAUUCAUUGAUUUGUUAAUUGACUGAGUAUCUCUGAUGAACACAUGGGACUUAAUCUAAACCAGGGAUUCCCAAAGUGUGACCUUUGAACUUAUUUUGUUUGGCCCCUGACUUCUGUCAGAAAUGAUAAAGAUCUAACAUUAUUAUCAAUAACUGAAAACCUUCUUGCAAUGGAAAAUAUUAAGUACCUUCAAAAGUUUUAGUCUUUAAAAAAAAACACACUUUUUGCAAUCUCUAAUUUAUUUUGCUUCAUCCCGCCCCAAAAGAAAUUACAAACUGAAUAAGUUUUGUGCAAAACACUUUAUAUGGUUGAAUCUACAAUGAUGUACUCCUUCCUUUACAAGAAACAAAAUGUAUUAAUAAAACAUUGUAUGUUUAGUUUCUUAUAAGGUAGGUAAGUAAAUUUCCCAACAUGUUUUAUAUGAUUUUACAGUUUAAAAAUUUAUUUUUUUUUUUAGCCAACAUGGGUAAUCCACAACUGUAAAUUGUACUACUUAUGAAAUUCUUUCAAUAACAAUACAGCUAAUUUUUCAUGUUAGUAGUGAGCAAAACUAAAAGCUGUCUGGUUAACAAAAUUCCCCUAACCAAACCUAAGGAGCUCUGCAGCUCCUGCAUGGUUACUAUGGCCCUCUGGAUUCUUUGUACCAAUUAGGUGACCUCUGAAGGCUGCAGGUCACACUCAAUCUCAUUUAGGAAGGUGUAAAACAUGUUAAGAUUAUUAUUUACUAUCAAAACAUAUAUAUUUGUCUUCCACUUCACAAUAAUGUCCUGUUGUGCAUAGUUUUAUGUUCUGAUAUCCUGAAAGAAUAUAUUAGUUAAUGUAACAAAGUUUGCAAAGGUUUAAAGAAUAGGUACAUUUCAAAAUUUCCGUUUUGCAGGGGAU